AUGAAAGUACUCGAGAAUGAACAAUUUCUGGGUACGAAAGGUUCAAGAACUUUCUUUACGAUUCAAUGUCAUAGUGGCAAAGAUAUCAAAAAAUAUUCUUAUUUUAAAGCUGAAGAUGAAAUUCUUCUACCAGCCGCCAGACAAUUUAAGGUUGAAUCAUGUCUUACUCAAGGUACAGAUUUUUAUAUGAUACAACUCAAAGAAAUUCAACCACCAUUUCCUCUGAUUGAACUUGUACCGACAGCAACUAUUCCGGAAGUUUCAGCAGUAGCAGCAGCAGUAGUACCAUCACCACCAAAAAAACACAUGGUCACGAAAACUAGAACACGAACACCACUACGUGCGAGUUCGGUUGAUAUUCAUCCGAAUGCAAAAUGGAAACAGAAUGCUAUCAAUGUGGCUGGAGGAAAUGAACGAGGCAGUGGAAACAAUCAACUCUAUUACCCCUACGGUUUAUAUGUUGAUGAUGAUCAAACGAUUUAUGUCGCUGAUUGGCUUAAUCAUCGUAUUGUGGAAUGGAAAUGUGGUGCAACGAAUGGUCAAGUGGUUGCCGGUGGAAAUGGAGAAGGCACUGGGGCUCAUCAAUUGUCUUACCCAUCAGAUGUGAUUGUUGACAAAGAGAGAGAUAGUCUCAUCAUCUCCAAUAGUUUGAAUAGAAGAGUGGUUCGGUGGUCUCGUCGAAAUGGGAUAAAUGGCGAAACAAUCAUCUCCAAUAUCUAUUGUUGUGGUUUGACAAUGGAUGAGAAUGGAUCUCUCUAUGUCGCUGACACUGAAAAACAUGAAGUGAGACGAUAUAAAAUUGGUGACACUCAAGGAACAGUGGUUGCAGGUGGUAAUGGAAAAGGAAAUCGUCUCGAUCAACUCUCUGAACCCCGUUACGUAUUUGUCGAUAGAGAUCAUUCAAUAUAUGUGUCUGAUUAUUGGAAUCAUCGUGUGGUGAAAUGGAAAGAAGGUGCAGAACAAGGCAUUGUCGUAGCUGGUGGUCAAGGACAAGGAAAUAGUCUUACACAAUUGUCAUAUCCUGAAGGAGUCGUUGUCGAUCAAUUGGGUACUGUCUAUAUAGCUGAUUGUGACAAUCAUCGAAUCCUACGUUGGCCAAAAGGAGCCACACAAGGAAGUGUCAUUGCUGGUGGAAACGGUGAAGGAGUGCAGUCGAACCAACUCUGUGGUCCUAUCGGCUUAUCAUUCGAUCGACAUGGCAAUCUCUAUGUCGUUGAUGAUGGAAAUAAUCGAGUACAAAAAUUUAACAUCGAAUAA